GACCCAAAGGCAUGCCAAAGCUCGCCUGGAGCAACGUCACACCAAGGUGCAAGAAGAAGAGGAGCGCAUUUUUCCUCCCUUCAUCAUCCAAAGAAAACAUACUGACGAACACCGUGGUCCACACGCCUUCUUCUCUUUCUGCCGCUUUUGAGUCAUUUUCAAAGAGCCAAGAGACGCCAGGCAGGACCCAACAGAACCACAAGUGCAUUUAGUCCGCCUCAUCCUCAAUCAGUUUGUUUGUAAAACUUUUUUUCGCCCUCCAGCCUCUAGCAGAAGCUCCGAGGACAUCGUUGCCUUUUUUUUUGUGUCAACAGUGCUGAGAGUGACAGAACCGAAGCACAAUGAAGAGGUUAACCACACCUUUGGACCUCUCCUCCGUCACCUCUUGACCAUCUUCGCCGCGCAUUAAGAUGCGCCCGACGGGAGAGGAGUUGGAUGAUGAACUUUUCAGUCUCUCGCUUGACUGACUGACACUGUCCUGUAAACUUUUGCAGAGUCAUAAAACGAAGCAGAAGACGGUUUACGUGUUUGACGAAUCAUCAAACUACGCGUUUUUAAUAUUAACUGGAAGAUUCGCAGCAUUCAAACAUGAUGGUUCGUCUGCCUCGGAUCCAACUGGCUCUCUUCUUCAUCUUGCUCUGCCCGGUCAAUAUUAUCGGACUGUGGUGGGCGGUGGGCAGUCCGCUGGUAAUGGACCCUAACAGCAUAUGCAGGAAGGCAAAGCGUCUGGUGGGGAAGCAGGCAGAGCUCUGUCAGACUCAGCCAGAAAUAGUCAGUGAGGUGGCCAAAGGAGCAAGGUUGGGCAUUCGAGAGUGCCAAUAUCAAUUCAGGUACCGCCGAUGGAACUGCACAAGCCACAACAAGUACUUUGGCAAAAUACUGCAACAAGAUAUCCGAGAGACAGCAUUUGUUUAUGCCAUAACAGCCGCCGGUGUGACCCACGCUGUGACACAGGCCUGCAGUAUGGGAGACCUGCUGCUGUGUGGUUGUGAGGCAACCAGGAACAGAGCCCCUCCAAAACCUCUGUCGUCCUCCACUGGAGAUGGAGUUAAGUGGGAGUGGGGCGGCUGUGGAGAUGAUGUGGAAUUUGGUUAUGAAAAGUCCAAACAGUUUAUGGAUGCCAAGAGGAGAAGGGGCAAGAGCGACAUCAGAACACUCAUUGAUCUGCACAACAAUGAGGCUGGGCGACUGGCAGUGAAGCUUUACAUGCGGACAGAGUGCAAGUGUCACGGACUGUCUGGAUCAUGCACAUUACGCACUUGCUGGAAGAAGAUGCCGCACUUCCGUGAGGUAGGCAACCGUCUUCUGGAGCGAUUUAACGGAGCCUCCAAAGUGAUGGGCGGCAACGACGGCAAGACGCUGAUCCCUGUAGGCCACAACAUCAAGCCCCCCGACAAACAGGAUCUGAUCUACUCGGAUGAGUCACCUGAUUUCUGUCUGGCGAAUCGGAAAACAGGUUCUCUGGGGACGCGUGGACGCAUGUGCAACAGCACUGCCAUGGAUAUCAGCGGCUGUGAUCUGCUCUGCUGUCAGCGUGGCUACCGGGAAGAAACGGUGGUGUUUGAGGAGAACUGUCUGUGUCGUUUCCACUGGUGCUGUGUGGUCCAGUGCAAGAAGUGCUUAGUCCGAAAGGAGCUUAGUCUCUGUCACUGAUGAACUGACUUGCCCUAAUUUGUUGUAAUUACUUUUUAAGAUAUCAAGCCUUUUACCUUGGUUUGGCAGUUGUAAAGGAAGAUACUGACUGCUUUAAUAUCCUUUUUGCACCUGUCCUGCUUACAAAAUUCAGCAAGAGCUUCAAUUUUUGGCAAUGCUAUUGAUUCCCUUGAUUUCUGACAAAAACCUGUCUUGAAACUCUUCGGGUGCUUGACAGACACAGAAGUAAAACAUAGACGUGUCUCUUUUCGAAACUACCUAUUUUUGCUCAUCUUUUUUUUAAAUCAAAAAGAACAAAAGAAUGUGAAUUUGUGUAAGUAUAGCACGAUUUUAUCGGGAGCCGGUCAACAGCAGCACUUGAAGCGAACUGCUUUCUGAGUUCGAUAAUUGGCUUUUUAAGUGCUGACUAUCCUAUAUUGUCACGCUCCCACCUGAAGGGUGUUACGCUUAUAUGAUAGCUGCGUGCUGUGCCUAGCCUGGAUUUACACUACAUGGUUCAAGUGACGCAAUUCCAUUUUUUCCUUUUAAAUGUAAAAUUCUCAGAGGAAUCAGGAUUCUGCCAAUGUGUACAGGUAUAUAAAAGCACCAACAUAUAACAAACUCAUCCAUGCCACUUAUCCUCAUUACGGUGGCGGGGGUAUGCUAUCCCAACUUCGGGAUAAAGACAAACAAUCAUUCACACCUAUGGACAAUUUAGAGUCGCCAAUUAACCUAACAUGCAUGUGUUUUGAAUGUGGUAAGAACUCCACACAGAGAUGCCCAAGCAGAGAUUCGAACCCCGGUCUUCCCGAUCUCCUGACUGUGUGACCAACAUGCUAACCACUCGGCCAAACUCAAAUCCAAAUUACAGUGAAAGCGCAUAAACCAUCAAGCAGUGCAUUGACAAUUAUCCCAAACAAUGUAUUGAUACCAAGGUUACCUGCCUUUAAAACAUGUUGUAAGUCAUUCCAGGCAAGAUAAACAGUAUGGUUUAAUAUAAACUUUGUUUACUUUGCCACUUCCAUUUCUUUCCGAGUGUGUAGUAGUUAAUUUGCGUUUUGGGUGUGUGGACAUCCGUGACGUGCGGUGAGGUUCGUGGCUGGUGAGGCACUGACUUCUUUAGAGUUUGUUUUUAUGUUAGUAUCGAUUGUUCAGAAGAGAAUAAUUGACUUUUGUUAAAAUAUUUAUAUUUUUAAAUACUUCUUAGUCCCUUAGUCCAUUUGUAUAUGAAGUAGAUUGGAUAUGCAUUAUAAUUCUCCAUCUUCACAGUCAAAUGGAUUCAUUCAUUAAGCGGAGCAUAAAAAUAUAUUUAAUGCUUUUGACUUGUCGGUAAGUCUUGCUGUAGCCGGCACUGCAUGCUGUUGUGUAUUUCACUGAAGUAAAAAAAAACACACACAGACUUUUCCUCUCUGUAGAAGGACAGCAGAGACAAGCACCCCCGCCCCUUCACGGUGAGGUGGGGUGCUGCAGCGCCUCAGCGUGUCAAAUGUCUCAACAAAAUGUUUUUUGUUGUCUAAUUAGCAAGAAUAAUGAUGUCCCACUUGCAUUAAAGACAUGACACAGGCUGAGCACUGUCAUGGUGUACAAGAAAUGUUUCUGCAAACUUUAUAUUGGCGACAUGCUGGCAAAUAGAAAUCGUCAUCAAAUUUGCUGCGCUCAAAACUGCACUCAGGUGUUAGGCUGAGCUUGCGCACUUAAGUCCAGCAUUUAUAACAGAGUUCAAUGGAGAAAUAUUACUAUUUUUUAUUUUUUAUGUUAUUAUUAUUAUUUUUUUUCACCCUCACCUGCCUCUCCUGACCGCACGUCUCUAGUGGACAAGUCACUAGAAGCACGAUAUGAAAUAUGUGUCACUUAAAAGCCCCCCAAAAUCAGAUAAAUGUACAAAAUUGGAAUUAACCAUUUGAUACCUGCAGCGUGAUCCAACCCCAAUGAGGCUGGGGUAGAUUUGGCCACGUUUUCAUCAAGCGGUGGAAUUCAGUUCAGUUUACCAAAGGAAAAUCUUAAUCAGGCAAUGGGGGGGACACUGUUUUACCGCUGUGCUUGACACUCCAGUAACUGGAGUGAAGUGUGCAAAAAAUUGGUCCAGUAUUGAUUAUUUUGGUAUUGUCCACAACAGAAAACUGUGUACUGUACCAAACUAUACUGUUCUGCUUGGAGAAAACAGAACCUUUGUGUCUCUCCUUUUGAUUUGCCACUAAAUCUAUAAAACCGUUCAUCAUUGCUGUAGUCAAUUACCAUUACCAUUAGAAUGAAAGGCAAACUCACAUGUUCUCUUUCUAAGAACGCUGUCAACGCCGCCAAUGCAGCUGUGGACUCGACCUGCCAGUAGAGACUGUUGUUAAUAUAAAGAUAAGAUGACAAGAAUACUCACUUCCAUCUCUCUUAGAAGCACUUUGGAUAUUGCUGCAUUGGACUUGAGAGGUUUGCAAGCAUAUCUUUCGGGUUGGGCAGUUAUUUGGUCUAAAAAAAUAUAUAUAAUGAUGAUGUUCUUAUGAUACACAGGGCUGAUGUUGUAAUGCACUUUUGGUGAUUAGUUUUUUAAAAUACUUAUACAGAUAUAAGUAUGUAAAUAGUAUAUGUGUGUCUGUGCAUAUAUAUAUAUAGUGAAUUUAAAAGUAAAAAUCAUCUCUCUAGUCCCUGAACCAUUUGGUGAGAAAUACCAGUAUGUGUGAGCCAGUGACGUGCGGUGAGGUUCAUUACUGGUGAGGCACUGGUUCCUUUUUUUUAUGUUAGAAAAAAAAGACAAUAAUUCACUUUUGUUAAACUUCUUUUUUUUUUUUCAAAUACAUCACAUUUAUUAAUUAUUAUUGUGAUCUUGCCUUUUAUUUGAAUACGCUAUCCUUCUCCAGAAAAAGUUCUGAUACUUUGUUGUAAAAGUCUGAUCACCUUCUGGUGAGCGUGGAUAUACAAUCCUCCAUUCUGGCAGUCAAAUUCAUUCACUCAUUCAUUCAGCAGAGCAUAAAAAUAUAUUUAAUGCAUUUGACCUUCUGCUAGCUAGAGCUGCUGCCGUCAAAUAAAUAAAUAAACAUUGGCUUUUCCCGUCUAUGGAAGGAUGGCAGGGACAAGCACCUUUCAGCUCACGCACACCCCCUAACCCUAACCCUCCCGUAUGACAUUCGUGUGUAUUUUAUUGUCCGAUUAGCAAGAAUAAUGAUGUCAUACUUACGUUAAAGACAUUACCCAGGCUGUAGAAAGUCAUGGUGUACAAUAAAUGUUUCUGUGACAUUACAUUAUUGCCGACAUGCUGACAAACAGAAACUGGCAGGUGCCAUGAGCCAACUCAGAGCACUCAGUGAGUGCACUCAGACCGCCGAACUUGCGCACUAAACCGAGCGGAGACGCGCACGGCAGCCUCAUCGUAGGUUUCUGCCCAGUAUUCGAUCAGGAAAUGUGCAAAUUCAGCUAUUUUUACUUAAGUAAAUGUUCAAAACAAUUGGAAUCAUACAGAAAGUACAUUUAUAAUACAGUUCAGUGAAUAAAUAUUAAGAUUCAUUUGAUGCUAUUAUUAUUAGUUUUUGUAAUUUUCCAUCAUGACAGGUGAGACUGCCUUACCUGCCUCCCUUGACCGCACGUCACUGGUGUGAGCAUGUGUGCAAAGGCUGGUGGACCAGUUAUCACCAUUAGCUAACGAUGACGUUAACAACAUGAAACUGCUUCUCUGGGCUGAUGGAAGCGCACUACUUCUCACUUAUCAUGCGUGAACCGCACAUGAUCAUUCAUGCGUUCAUUUUCAGGUAGGAGUCUGUUGGGAUUCCAAUGUGUCACAUUGUGCCUUUGCCGUAAAUCAAUGUUAUUUACUUCACAGUGUACAGUUAAAAUAUUACUUCACAAGAAAGCAGUUUCACUUAAUUCCCUAUUAUUGCUGAUAAGUACUCACAGUCUCUCCUCUCGUUAGUGGUAUUUCUAUUUUCAGGGAGCUUUCAUGAUUUCAUUUCAGUGAUUCAACUUGAUUCAUCCCUCUGGAAGCAUAAGGGUGGAUAACAAAAUGGAAUCGCAUAAAUUUGUUAUGAAAUAAUAUACAGCACAUCCAUUUUAACUACCGUGCUUGCAUGCAUAUUUAUUUGUAUUAAGGCUGCAUCCUGAGAGUACACUAUAUGAGGUUUUGUAUGGACACCCCCCCAAAGUUUCAUUUUUAAGAAAUAAAAUUUGCAGUUAUGUGAGCCACCAGUCAUUUCAGUCACAGAGCGCUCACAGCACUGCCCAACAGAAAAUUAUCAGCAGUCCUUUGUCAUAUUUGUGUACGGUAAUUGUGUUGCGAUAAGCCACAUCUACCACUAGCAUUUGUACUUGAGGUUGCGUGUCAAACCAACAAUAAAUUCUAUGCAUCAUUCUUAUGAUGGAACUAUUGCUGAAUAUAUGCAAUGUAAAGUCUCAUAGGUCUAUCAUUGUGUGUGAAUGUGAUUUUAGGUAAACGUGUCUCUUUUGAACAAAUGUAGAGUGAGACAAAGUCACAAUAACAUGCUUGCUUAACUAAUUUUGUGUAGACUGUUUUUUUUUACUGGUGCAGCAAAGUCACUUUGGUAUGUGUAUGUAUUUCCAGCUUGUUUAAAGUGACGAGAUCUUUUCAUUGGAGUCAGCUACAUGCCGCAGCCCACUUUCAUCUUAUCAGCACUGUCACAUGUCAUAUUCUGCCAUUUUGUUUGUUUUUUUUGCGAUCUUUAUUUAAAGUUUUCCUCCAGAAUGGUAGUUUCAUGUCUGCAUAUCGUGGCCACGAUCCACCAAGGGUAUAUGGGUCCAGUUGCCAGUCAACAGACAAUUUCUUUGGGACUAAUUCACCAAUUAAAUUAUAAGAAAUUUCUGAGCAGAAGUACUGAAAUUAACACAAAAAAACAGCCUUUUCGGCACUUACCGCGUAUAACUAUACAGUAGUUGUAAUUACAUACAGGUACACUCACUACGCUCGAUUUCAUAAGGGUAGAAUAUUUCACGUUCUUUACACUUCAUGAUGGUCGUGGUGUUUGAGUGGCUUGAUAUGCCUUGCAUGCGGCCAAUGCUGAACUGCAAUUCUGCUUAUUCUGAGCGUUUUACGAUGUCUACUUUCACAUUAUUUUUCACUUUCACUUUCCUUUUCUUUAACGCAAAGCCAUCACGCUUGGGAGACAUUUUGCGCCUUUCGCGGAUUUGCUUUUCACAGAUUUUUAAAAGAUAAGUGCAAUUUUUUUUACCAGUGUAUGAACGGGCAUUGUGUUCUAUCGGUGCUCUGUUGUAAAUGUCUGUUAUUGUAUUUACUACUGCUACCAGUAGAGGGUGUUGUAUACUCAUGUUAAAGAUGUGUUCCGCUCAACUUGUCUUAGUAUGUGUUUACGUGCCUGUACGAGCAUAUUAGGAACCCACAGUAGACAAUAGCAGGCUAAACAUAAAACCACAACAGUUUUAUUAGCUAAGGGAGGACCCGCCCAUUAUGUUCUACGUCCUGAUUGGCUGUAGGCCAUUGUCAAUUAAACUUCGUGCCGUUUCCUGUUGUGGUCAGUGGUGACUAGAAAACUAGCUAAGUGUGAGCUGCUUGCUAACUGCUAAUAAACAACGAAAGAAGAAGAAAAAGAAGCUAACGGGCUAAAUGAGUCCUCGGUUCAAGGAGCAGGACGACGGCAGGAGCAAAAUGUUUUAACAAGGAUACAAAAACGCUACUACCGAACGGCGCCAAGACGAGGCACGGUCAGAGGAGCGAAUACGUGUGAGUCACUUAACAAUUUCUUGUGUCCAACCUUGUAGAUUGAUCAUUAAAAUUCAAAUGAAAUUUAAACUUUGAGAGUGUUUACAGAAGAGCUACAUGUGAGAAAAUGUUAAUGCCUGUCUGAGAAAAGUGUACAAAGUGUAUGGUGAGGGGUUUUACAGCCUUAAAACAUAUAUAAUAAUUGCAAACAAAUAAAGUUGGCCACUUCUGCGGAUUUCACUUAUUGUGGGCUAAUUUGGGAACCUCCCGCGAUAAACGAGGGAGCACUGUAAUUCUGACCCUGUAUAUGUUAAUUCAAAAUUGCACACCUAAUUCUUGUUUUUAAAAAUCAUUGAAGAUGAAGUUUGUAUUAUCGUUCCAUCCUGAAAAAUGAACCAUUCAAAUAAAUCAUUAAGUGCCCAAAACGAAUAAGACAAA